AUGUCUAACCCAGACCAGCUGCCCAGUCUGCCCACGGACAUCACGUUCGAGAUCUGCACGUCGUCGUCCUCGUCGUCACCACCGCCGCCGCCGUUGACGACGACGAAGUCGACGACGACGACGACCGGCGGCGAGGACAGCUUCAACGAGGACAACAGUGGCGGCGGCGGCACGUUUAUCAAGUCCGAGAGGGUGGUCAGUGGGAUGCACUUUCUGACCGAUCGGGAGGAGGAUCGGGGAGAUCUGUUGCUGCCGAAGUCCGAGUCCGGGGAUACCGAGCCGGAGGUCAGGAAACAGCUGCUGGAAUACCUCAUUCAAAACGACGGUUCCGUAGUCUGCAAGUGGUGCGGCGAGGUCCUACCGUCUCGAACCCGUUGGUAUAGGCACAAGUACAAGCUCCACGUCUCCACCCAGGUCACCCAGCCGGCGCCGCUCUUCAAGUGCCACAGCUGUAAUGCAUACUUCAAGUCCCGUAAGGGUUACAUCGGUCACCUGAGCUCCCGGCAUUCCGACAACGAGAACGACGAGAACAGAGAGGAGCCGGCCAACAAGAAGGCCCGGAAGACCUCCGAUAUCGGGAAAGGGCCGGACUGGGAGCAGCAAAGGGAGAAAGAAGAGAAGCUGGUGGCGGACAUUAUCGAUCGCGUGAAGAGGGAGUGCGAGGCUCAGGGUGAGACGGUGACGAGACGGGGCUACUCCAGGCGAUCCACCGUGAUGAACAGCUAAGGGCGAGCCCUCGUUAAAGGAACAAAGGGGAAUCUG